GCCGGCGUUCCCCCUUCCCUUUGUGCGCGAGCGGCUGCCGCCUCCAUCUUUCUCCCCGCUUCGUCGCCGCCACCUCGCUCCUCUCGGGAUCCUUCGGGAGGUUCCUCCUCCUCUGACUGCCUACUAUUGAACACACGCCGCCGCCGCCGCCGCCCAGAAGUGGAGUCGAGGGGAUCAGUGGAGUAGGAAGAGGGGGAGGAGCUGAGGCGGAAGUUUUGCUGUCGACGUGAUUCCGCUACGCCGCCCAGACCCCAAUCGCUCCCGGGCCCUCGCCCUUUCCUCUCUGCCCAGCGCCGCCGCAUCGGGUGGGUUUUCCGGAGGUGCCCAGGCCGUCGAACGACCGAGCCCUCUCAUCCGACGCGUGGGCGGGCCACCCGACCCCCUUCGGCCAAAGGAGCAAGAUGAUGUUGGAUUCGUUCACAAGAUGUAGCUUGGCUGUUUUCAGGUUGUAAAGCCAGCCCUUUCGGGAAAAAAGAGCUGACUGAUGUGACAUGGAACUUCAAAGGCAAGCUUGCCUUCAUGCUUUGAGCCAGAUGGAGUGAAACCAUGGCCCUCAUCACAGCUGCAGCUGGAGGAACCUUCCUUGUCAGAACUCGACAAUUUAACUCCCAUACAUUAUGAGGAGCGAAGUAAUAGAAGCUGGAAGGCUAGUGAACCUGUGGAAUGAAUGGGGGAUACAAAUCCUGGUCCUUGUAAGCUUUGCGUUGCAAGUGUUCCUCCUCAUCUUUGGAGGGAUCCGCAGGCGUAGCUCCUCUACUGUGCUGAUGUUCUUCCUCUGGUCGGCAUACCUGCUGGCUGACUCCACAGCGAUAUACACACUGGGCCAUCUAUCAGUCGACAGUAGGUCAGAUGAGCACGAGCUGGUGGCCUUCUGGGCACCGUUCCUCCUGCUGCACCUUGGUGGCCCAGACAAUAUCACAGCAUAUGCGCUCGAAGACAACACGCUCUGGCUGCGUCACCUGCAAACUCUCGCUGUGCAGGUCCUAGGAGCUGCUUAUGUGAUAUACGAGUACAUCGCCUGCAGUGGGACCUUGCUUUUGCUGGCCUCCCUCUCCAUGUUUGUUGCCGGUCUUCUCAAAUAUGGUGAGAGGAUAUGGGCGCUCAAGUGUGGCAACAUUAGCAGCAUCCGCAACAGCAUCAGCACCCGAAAGUUCAAGACUAACCCUUACCUGUUACUGAAUUUGGGUACCAGCGAAGAGGAACUACUGCUUGGAGCCCACUCCCAAUUCGAUAUCUGCAAAGGUGUCUUCGCAGAUAUCAUAAUGGUACCGAGCCACUUGGUCCGUUCAAUAUCUAAUUCUAAACCAGGUUCUGUAAUAUCUUAUUUGGGAGAGGAUCUAUACAAGUUGGUCGAGAUGGAGCUGUCUCUGAUGUAUGACUUCCUGUACACCAAGGCAGCGGUAAUCCACACAUGGUAUGGCUUCUGCAUCCAUUUCAUUUCAUUGCUUGGCACAGCCACAACGUUUCUGUUGUUUCAACUCAGUAUCAACAGUAGUGGAAAUGGUUUCAGCAGAGUGGAUGUGAUUAUCAGUUAUGUUUUACUGGUUGGGGCUUUGGUCCUGGAAAUCAUAUCAGUGUGCAGGGCUGUACUAUCCACCUGGACAUGUUCUUUGUUGCACCGCAGGGGCAGGGGAUGGGAGUGGCCUCUCCAUGUUAUCACUUCCCUUGGUCAGCGUGUCCAUCCAGCAAGUAGGAGGCUCUGGUCGGGCUCCAUUGGUCAGUACAAUUUGUUCCACCUGUGCACCCGCAACACGAAUGAGAUAGGGAGCAGACUAGCAAUGAAAUUGGGGCUCCAGGACUGGUGGAACCAGAUGCAUUUCUCGGGCACUUUCUCACAUAGCGACAUAUUGUCAAUACAAGAUAUCAAGAAAUUGGUUCUGCAAGCACUGGUAGACAAGGAUCGAGCGCUGCAAUACAAAAAUACCGAUUCGAACUCAAGAGGCAGCUUUAUACUUAAAAGUAUGGAAGCCUAUGAGGACUUUGCUCGCUGGAGUGUCAACAUCGACUUUGACGAGAGCAUUCUUGUUUGGCACAUUGCAACUGAGGUGUACAUCCGGAAAUCCAAGGGCAAACAUACAAAAGAGCUCCUUGAGGCUACCGAGGUACUAUCCAAUUACAUGAUGUUCCUGUUGGUGGUAAAACCCAACAUGCUGCCUGGUGCUGCACGGCACAACAUACAUCUCACCUCCUGUGAACAACUAGAAGUACAAUGCCGUGCGCGCUUUGGUGAUAAGGACAACCCAGUGGCGCCGUCUCCCACAAGCUGGAAUCCGUACUGUAUGUUUAAGGAAUUGUUCCACCAUGAUGGCCCUAAUUGCUCCAGGAUCCCACGAAGGGAGAAGCUUGCAGAGAUGGCGUGGAGUUUCUCCCAAUUUGCACUGGGAACAGUAAGGGCACCAAAUCCACAUGGGGAUUCCAUCCGUGACAGUGCUAAUAUGUAUGCAAUCUUGCUCGCCAACGAGCUUCUGAGCAUAGAGUUGCGCUGGCAAGAGCAGCGUGAUCCUUUGGAACUGAUCCUCGGGGUGUGGGUGGAGUUGUUGUUGUACGCUGCAAACCAUUGCAGCCAAGAGUCCCAUGCCAGGCAGCUCAGCAAUGGGUGCGAGUUCAUUACCAUCGUGUCAUUACUAGCGCACCACUUCAAGUAUUACUCUGGGGUCUCCAGGGGCACUGAAGACAUUGGUGGAAGUAAGCCCACAAGUGAAAGUAACCCAUAAGUGAAAACCAGGUUUAGAUGAAUUUGAACAUUUUCACCUGAAAAUGGCCCCUCGUUGUUCAGGAGAAACUGAUGAUUUCACCCCUCCAAUGAAACCAGCAUAGUUAUCUGUAAAUAAAUAUAAUAAAUAUUGGGAUUCAUUCAUAAUGGGAACCACAUGCUGCAAGAUUAACUUCCUCUUUGCAUUCAAAAAUCUAUUACAAGGAUCAUCAUCAGCGUUGAUUCAUAACAGCGAAAGGCCCUGGCUGGUGGCGCAAGUAUGGUGCCGCAUGUCAGGAUCACAAUCUGCCUGGAUUGAUCUUUUCUUUCUUUUCUUUUUUGGUGAACAUUGGUGGCCGGCGUAGCAGUGAGGCAAGACGCCAAUGUGAAAUAGCAAUUCUUAUAUUUUUACAUAGCUGUUGUGUGACCAUGAGAAAUUAUAGGUAUCCAGCCGAGGUUGUUGUAGCUUCACUGUUGCCUGUCCAUGCUGUUGUCUUGCUGACAUGCAAUGUCUUUUCGUUCCUGUGAGGACCAAGGAAAUUUAUUGCCUUUUUCCAGCUUUA